UAGGAGGAAAUGAAUACUUACUUUGACUAUUUUUCAAGUGGAGACGUUUUAGCAUUGUCAGCUAAGUUCUGCCAUGCUGAACACAGGCCUGGCCCCCUGCAACCUUAUUCCGUUCCCGGGGAGAGUACGGGGAGUGUGCCAGUAGGUGCAAAUUUCCAAGAUCAGCAUCGAUCUCAUACUCGUUCACCAAUCAUGUUUCCGGGUACUUUAGAAAUACCCUACGAUAGCAGUCAAAAUGCGUCCGAGUUCAGCUACCUGGGCCAGGGUGCAGGAUAUGGUUCAACAUAUGGAUGCCACAACGAACCAGACGACAGCGGGCCACAGGUCCAGUACAUGACCUCUGCUUACCAGGGAAAUGGAUCAUUUCCACUUAACCAUGGACAAUCUGGCUACAACAGUUUUGGCGAGCAAGAUCGUUACAACCAUUGCAAUAAGGAACAGCGGGAUCGUGAUAUUUAUUUGGAAAGUUAUCAAAGUAUUUCACCUUCUCAGGAAAGUUACCCAAAACAUAAUUCUCCAAGUGAUGAGACACCGAUCGCAGCAAAUACAUUUGAGUGGAUGAAAAUCAAAAGAAACAACCCCAAAACUAGUAAAGUGACCGAAUGUGGAUUGACCAAUACUGUCGCUACAGCGCGGACGAAUUUUACUACCAAACAACUCACAGAACUCGAAAAGGAAUUCCAUUUCAAUAAAUACCUAACCAGAUCCAGGAGAGUGGAGAUAGCAACAACGCUGCAGCUAAACGAGACCCAGGUGAAGAUCUGGUUUCAGAACCGGAGAAUGAAGCAAAAAAAGAGGGAAAGAGAUGGCCUUACAGUUUCGGCUGCCUUUAGCUCAAAUAACUCGGACACUUCAGCCUCAGAAAACAGUUCUCCGAUUUCAUCUCCUUCUUGCUCUCCAAAAAGUUCUGCAUGAGUUUAGGCCAAUGAUUUUUAACUGUUAAUAUAUGUUUCCGGUUAUUUUCAG